AUGCCGACUCCUGUUGCAAAGGGCAUCAUCAUUGGCGUCGCGGCACUCGUUGCCGCCGGUAUUGCAGUCUAUGAAUCUCCUCAGUUCCGAAGAUGGGUGAACAACUCGCGGAGAAAGCUGGCAAUGACGCUACACAAUCUCGGGGACGACAUUCAUCCUGGAGAUGGUGACUCACGCUACCGAAAUGAUAUUUCCAUGACGGAAGAGAUAGGCCCAGCCGCCGACGAGCGAAGACGGAUAGCUCGGGAAGAGAUAUCGCGGCGACGGAGCAUUCUGGAAGAGCGCCGCAAGAGAAGGUCCAACAGCUCGCUUGGGACGUUUGAUGCACUUGUAGACGAGAACGGCCGUCUUCUAGAUCUUGAGGAUCAAGGUAACCCAGCGGCAAAUUCUACGGCUUUAGACCUUGGCGUUUCACAGCCAACUCAUCGGGGUCAUCAAUCAGAUGACCCGGCAGCGCAAUCCACAGUGCUUUUCGAAGCAGAGGCAGCGCCUGAGCAGAGCAAGCUGCAGCUUUCCAUCCCAACUCCGCGGAGCCGCGCCUCGUCUGUCGCUGGUGCUGACUUCACUCCUGUGUCCGAUGUAUCUGAGGUUAUGGCUUCGGCUGUUUCCCAGCAGUCAGGCGAUGCUGCCCGACCCAAAUCAUCUGCAUCUAGCUAUACGGAGGGGGCCUUCUCCGAAGUAAUUUACGCCCAUCCCGACCACAUGACCAGUGGACAUGCCGAGGAUUCCCGGUCACCAUUCUCAGACCUGGAAGGCUUGCGUUUCCCGCGGAGCCGUCCAGUGACGCCCCCAACACCUUCUACAACUGACAAUUUCAGCCAUGUCGCCGUCGACGCUUCGUCCGACGGAGUGCUUAGUGAAUUCGAGGGCUCUAUAGGGAGGGUUGUAACUCCCGCGAGUUGGUCAGAGGUUGGCAGCGAUAUCAGCAGCGAUGAGUAUCGUCAUCGUGGAUUCUAA